CACCAACCCACAGAUACCAAAGUCGUCCACACGCAUACUCGACUAAAACAUGGUAGCCAUAGACUGGUCGCUGUUGCCGCAAGCAGAUGAAGAUGCGCUACACAAUGUAUCUCGACUACUAGCCGUCGAGGCUCGACCAUACCAGCAGGUCGCCGGUCGCCUACUCAAAGAGAACUUCUUCCACUAUGCGCGACCGAAGCAGUUACCUUCACCACCUCCAGAUGCCUCCGCUGCCGAAGAGGAGGCUGCGGCCAAAGUAGUGGAGCGCGAACAACAAGCACACAAGGUCGAGAUCUGGCGAGAGAACAUCAUGAACGAGCUUUCAAUGCUGGAUUAUGCGAUUCUCCGAUUCGAGUUUACGACGAACAGCAACCACACCGAGCGCGAACGAUACGCAGUGGAGAAGGACGGCAUCACCGCGAAACAGCAGCACGUCAGAGACACCAUCGAAGAGCUGCGGGUGAACUUGGUCGACGCAAAAGAGACAUUAGCCGUGCGCAAGACCUAUGAUGAGUUGACAGAGAAGAUUACAAGCAGCAAGAUGCUGAAGCCGCGGGACGAGCAAGCACUAGCACACGAAAAGCUAGACGACGAGAUCGCGGAGCUCGAGCGCGAAGUGCAGUCUGCAAAGACCACGUGGGAAGAGCGGCGCAUACAAUUUGGUCGCAUUGAAGAGGAGGCCAGGGAAAUGCUGCGUAUGAUCAAGGACGAGAAGGAGGAGGCUGAGCGCAAGGAGGGCAUGAUGAAGGACGGUGAUGAGGACGGAGAAGGUGAGGGCAGCACAUCUAGGGGAGAUGCUAGCCAUGUCGGCACUCCAAGGCCAGACGGCGGAAUGACACCCAUCCACGUCAGCCAGGGCGGAGAGGGCUCGCAGUCGCUCAAAGUGCCCCCACAGGACAGACUGAAGCCUCUGUCGAGAGAGGCCAGUGUUGCGCCAUCACCUGCUAGAUCUUCUGGACACGAGGACACACCGAUGGCAGACUCCAGCGCACCGCCAGGAGAUGUGCAGGCCGAGGACUCGGACGGCAUAGAUGAAGGAGAAGAUCUAGAAGAGGGGGAGGACGACGGUGAGGCCUCGCCAGACAAGAUGGACGAGUCGUGAUUGACCGUUACGCAUUCACGUCCAUGUCAUUCUUGUUGCAUAGCGCGGUGUUUAGGCUGGCAGCCAUUUGGUUCAUCUGUUCAUCAAUCAUACUUCAUACCCUGUCCCAGUGGACCUCAUGAUGCCUC